UAGUCUCAGGCACUGAAACGAGGUAUAAUAUUGUCUUGUUCAAGAAACGGAACAGUUGCAAUAUGAGGAAAAAAUUCUUUGGCUCCCUGAUAUUAGGACUCCUCAUAGCAAAUUAUAUUUAUGAACCUCUCCCAGACAAUGUUGAAGAACCAUGGAAAAUUAUGCUGUUAAAUGCUUUUUUAAAAACGACAUCACAUCUGACCCUGUUUGCUGAAAUAUUGGGAUUAAACCACUUCAUGGAAUCCAUGAUGUUCUUUUCAAGGUUUCAAAAUGUUCCACCAACAUCAGAUGAAAAUGUAACUGUGAGAGAUACAACAUUUAAUGACAUUCCUGUCCGUAUAUAUGUGCCCCAACGGAAGCCAAAAUCUUUAAGAAGAGGCUUGUUUUAUAUCCAUGGUGGUGGCUGGUGUUGGGGUAGUAAUGCUUAUAAAAGCUAUGACCUUCUAUCAAGAUGGACAGCAGACAGACUUGAUGCAGUUAUCAUAUCAACCAACUACAGACUAGCCCCAAAGUAUCAUUUUCCAGUUCAAUUUGAAGAUGUAUACACUGCAUUAAAAUGGUUUUUACACCCCAACGUUCUUGAAAACUAUGGUGUAGAUCCCAGUAGAGUUGGUAUCUCUGGAGAUAGUGCUGGAGGAAAUUUAGCUGCAGCCGUGACUCAGCAGCUAUUAGAAGACCCAGAUGUCAAGAUCAAACUCAAGGUCCAGUCUUUAAUAUAUCCUGCCCUUCAGAAUUUUGAUAUGGAUUUACCAUCAUACAGAGAAAAUUCACAUUUUCCAAUUCUGUCCAAAUCACUCAUGGUCAGAUUCUGGAGUGAAUAUUUUACUACAGAUAGGUCACUUGAGAAAGCAAUGCUUUCUAACCAACAUAUACCUCUGGAAUCAAUUCAUCAGUUCAAAUUUGUUAACUGGAGUUCUUUGCUUCCUGAGAAGUUUAAGAAAGGCCACAUUUAUAAGACUCCAACUCAUGGCAGUUCAGAGCUGGCUAAAAAAUAUCCAGGUUUCCUAGAUGUGAAAGCUUCACCUUUGCUAGCUGAUGACAAUAAGUUGCGUAAUUUACCCCUGACCUAUAUCAUCACUUGUCAAUAUGAUGUCUUAAGAGAUGAUGGGCUCAUGUACGUUACUCGACUUCGGAAUUCUGGAGUCCAAGUGGUCCAUAACCACGUGGAGGGUGCAUUCCAUGGGACAGUUUCUUUUCUGUUUAUGAAAAUUGGUUAUAGGCUAGCCAACCAGUAUAUUAGUUGGCUAGAUGAAAAUCUGUAGUAAAAAUCUGAUCAAUAUAGUAAAAUGUAAGCCCCCAUGUUUCAGGAAAAAAGAACUAAUACCCAAUGGAUUCAUGUUAGGAAUGCAUGUUUUAUAGGCAAAAGUCUUCCUAAAUCUGCAUGUAUGUAAUUGUUAUGUCAAUGAAUUAGUCUCAGGGUAAUUCACUCACCUUUGUUUCUUAGAGUGUAUUAGAUUUUAUUUUUCUGUUAUUGUUAUCAUUUAAAAAUAUCUAGUUUUCUUACAUUACUUUCAUUUUUGUUGCUUGAUACAUUUUAUUGCAUUAGAAGAAAUGUCUGCUUGUUUAACAUCAAGGCUUUACUCAGUAUGGUUUCAGAUCCUUGGAGAAGCUCCAUUUAUCGCUAGUAUGAAUGGAGUUGUUACUCUUUCUAAAUAUUUUUGUCCCAGUUCAGUGUCACCUUUCUACCAUUGUAAAAUAUAUUGCUUAAUGCAUAACCCAACUCCUUAGUCCAAGACAAUAAAGUCUAAACAAUUAUAUAUUAAAGAUACCUGGAUCUGUUGAUGUUUUGAUGAGAGGGUAGUGACAGCUUAUUUUAGCCAGACAAAACCAUUUACACUUGGUUAAUCUGGUCCUUGAGAUUGGCAAGGCGUCAGUAUAAGAAAAUACUCCAAAUAUGAGUGACUAAAUAGUAAUGGGAGAAGCACAAGUAAAAAAAUGUGUAUGUGUAUAUACAUAUAUGUAUACACAUAUGCUUAUAUACCAAUAUAUUUUAUAUAUAAAUAUACACAUAUAUAUUUGUAAACAUAUACCAAAUCUCAAUAUAACAAUAUGUAUUUAAAAAUAAUUGUGGAAAAAUAAAUUAUUGAGUAAUGAAAUAGGGUAAGUUUGAAGAUGUUUUAUGUGAAAUAAAUUGAUUUUUUUUAACUGUGUGUAUGCCUCUAAAAGGAAACUCUGAAACAUUAUAAAUUCAAUAAUUUAAAAAAA